GUCAGUUCAUUCCUCUUUGAACAUCGAUCGGCAUCACACUUAAACAAUAUUUCUAUUCUAGUGUAAAGUGUAAAUAAAGUGUUAAAGUCAUCAGUGAACUUAACCUCCUACAAGACAAUCUUCACCUAGUGUAGAAAAACAAUCUCUUAAAUAAAAAUAAGACCAAUAGUUUUAUUUAUUAGUGAUCAGCAAGCAGUGAAUAAUAAUCCUUUUAUUCAAAGUUAUUAUAUAAAUAAUUGUUGAUAAUAUAAAGACAUUCUAUAAAUAAAAUGUCAGGACAUCAAUCACAUCGUGAUAGGUCGCGCAGAAAGGAUUCACGGUCAGAUGACUACGAUGUAAAUCGUCGCGAGCGUAAUAAUAAAGACAGAUAUAACAUUAAAAAUAAUCGACAUGAUGACAAUACCAGUAGAAAUAAUAAUUACGACAGAUCACCACCUGCAAGAAGACCAAGAGACCGCAGCCGUUCACGACAUCGCGACGACAACAGAAAAACUUCACGAUUUGAUAACAGGAGGAAUGAUCGACCACGUGGUAACAGAAACCACGAUAACUUUUCUUUUAAUGAUGGUGACGCUGGAGAUGGUCCUGCCAGAGUUAAAAGAGAACCAUCUCCAAGCUGGGGACGUUCUCGAGGGUCAGGUGAUGAAGAGAAACCCAAACCAGUUGACAAGGAAAAACCCAACUUUGAAUUGUCUGGAAAGUUAACAGAAGACGCGAAUACUGUCAAUGGUAUUGUCAUAAAAUAUGCAGAACCAGAUGAUGCUCGUAAACCUAAACGUGGUUGGAGAUUGUAUCCAUUUAAGGGCGAAAAAUCCCUGCCGCUUCUCCACGUGCACCGUCAAUCUGGUUAUCUACUGGGCAGAGAUCGUAAAGUUGCUGAUAUUCCAUUGGAUCACCCUUCGUGUUCAAAGCAACAUGCUGCUCUUCAGUACCGUUUGGUUCCUUACACCCGCGAGGAUGGCACCAGUGGUAAACGAAUCAGACCUUAUCUGAUUGAUCUAGAGUCAGCUAAUGGUACUUUUGUCAAUAAUGUCAAACUGGAGCCUAGAAGAUUCCAUGAGCUGCUGGAGAAGGAUGUCAUCAAGUUUGGAUUCAGUUCAAGGGAAUACGUUCUGUUGCAUGAACGCAGCAAAGAUGACGAGCUAGAUGACGAUGUCGCUGUUCCCAGUGAUGUUUAGAUUACCAGACACAUUGAUCGUUAUUGAGUGUAAAAUGUAUUUUUACGUAGGCCACGAAUCUAUGUAUAUUAAAGUACCUG